AUGCUUGUCAAGAACGCACUUCAGCGGGCAGCUGCAGCUCCAGCUCGCUCCAUCAUCAGCACACAAACGUCCGUUCGCGCCGCCUCGGCUUGGUCGCAGGUAGCCCAGGGCCCUCCUGAUGCCAUUCUAGGAAUCACCGAGGCGUUCAAGAAGGACAGCAACAAGCAGAAGAUCAACCUUGGAGUUGGUGCAUACCGUGACGACAAGGGCAAGCCAUACGUCUUGCCCUCUGUGAAGGAAGCCGAGCAGAAAGUCGUUGCUGCGAACCUUGACAAGGAGUAUGCCGGCAUCACUGGCGUGCCCGACUUCACCAAGGCCGCUGCGCUGCUCGCAUACGGUCCAGACAGUACUCCACUUAAGGAAGGCCGUAUUGCCAUCACCCAGACCAUCUCUGGUACUGGUGCAUUGCGGAUAGGCGGUGCUUUCUUGGAGCGCCACUACCCUCACGCAAAGGCAAUCUACAUCCCAACGCCCUCAUGGGCGAACCACAAGGCUGUCUUCCUCGAUAGCGGGUUGGAGGUCAAGCAGUACAAGUACUACAACAAGGACACCAUUGGACUUGACUUUGACGGAAUGGUCGCCGACAUCAAGAACAUGCCAAAGAACUCCAUCGUCCUGCUCCACGCCUGCGCACAUAACCCUACCGGUGUCGACCCAACGGAGGCACAAUGGAAGGCCAUCAGCGACGCUGUCAAGGAGGGCGGCCACUACCCCUUCUUCGACAUGGCCUACCAGGGUUUUGCCUCUGGAGAUACCGACAAGGAUGCUUUUGCGCUCCGCUACUUCCUCAAGGAAGGCCACCUUCCGUGCCUUGCGCAAUCGUUUGCCAAGAACAUGGGUCUUUACGGCGAGCGUGUUGGUGCAUUCUCGAUCGUGUGUGAGUCUGCGGAGGAGAAGGCCCGCGUCGACUCCCAAGUCAAGAUUCUCGUUCGCCCGCUCUACUCCAACCCACCUGUCCACGGUGCUCGCGUCGCCAGCACCAUCCUUAACGACCCAGCUCUCAACAAGCAGUGGCUCGGCGAGGUCAAGGAUAUGGCCGACCGCAUCAUUAAGAUGCGCGCCCUGCUCAAGGGUAACCUCGAGAAGCUCGGGAGCAAGCGCAAGUGGGACCACAUCACAUCGCAGAUUGGCAUGUUCGCGUACACUGGCCUUACCCCCGAGCAAAUGACGGAGCUUGCGGAGAAGCACUCCGUGUACGCAACCAAGGACGGCAGAAUCAGUGUGGCGGGAAUCACCUCUGAGAACGUGGGCCGUUUGGCCGAGGCCAUUUAUAAGAUUACUGGUUAG